AGUCGGAAGGCUGGGCAGUCGCCAGCUGUGUGAAGUUUUAGAAGAUCAAGUGCUGGUCUGCGCCUGGGAGAGGGUAACUCUGGACAAAUGGAAAAGCUGGUUGCUUGUGUACAGAAAAAGCCAGAUGCUAUUUGUAGACUGAUUUGCUUUCCAUGGGCUGGAAGUGGAACGUCACAAUUAGCUAAAUGGGGCAGACUCUUCAACGACUCAAUUGAAGUGUUCUGUAUAAGGCUUCCUGGAAGAGAAACUCGUCUUGAGGAGCCUUUUCCAAAAGACAUGACAAGUGCAGUUAAUGAAAUUAUAAGUGUUUUGUUAGAAGAAUUGAAAGAAAAACCAUUUGCAUUUUUUGGUCACAGUUUUGCAACUUACCUGAGUUUUGCCGUUGCACUUCAGCUGAAAGAAAAGUACGGACUGGAGCCAGUCCAUCUUUUCAUGUCAGGAGCACAUGCCCCAAAUUCUGCAUCAUUUCUUGCCAUCAAAAGCCUGGUCCCACCUGAUGAAAUCGAUGACCUUCUCAUACUGAUGAAGAUUCUAGGAGGAAAUUCUGAGUUUCCAUCUGAUGAAGACAGUUGGACAGAUACGGUGCUUAGAGAAGAUGCUAGAAUUCUUCACACGUUUUCAUUUGAGAAGACAGACAUGAAUAGCCCCUUCUCCUGCGAUAUUACCUACUUUUGUGGGUCUGAUGAUAAAAUAUUUGAUGCAAAAGGUUGGCAAGAACUAACAAGUGGAAAUACUUCCUUUUAUGAGCUUCCUGGAGAUCACUUUUAUCUAAUGAAACCAUCUAAUCAAAGCUUCUUGAUAAAACACAUCACAAGAAGCAUAGAAAAUGCCGGUCUAUGAGUAUUUUCCUCAAUUUUAAUAGCAGAAUGUGUAGGGUUAGUCCACAGCAAUUUGUAAUAAGGCACUUCUUUCUCUAAAUUGCAUGCAGUUAUGCCUCAAAGUUGUUCUGUUCUUCCUCUGUAAUCCUUUAUAAGGGGGAGUUUUCCUGAUUUUUUGAAAACAAACAUUGGCUUUGAGUCUUAAAAAAGGUUUCAUCUUCUCCUUCUUCUCUUGCACAUGUACAAACUCUUCACUUUAUUCCAUAACCUUGUUUGCAAAAAAAUUACGUCUAUGUUAUUUUACUGUUAGAGCUUCUCUGUUUGUCUGCUCCUGUCAAAAUGCUAAAUAUAAUUUAAUACCCACAAAAAUCCAUAAUUCCCACAGAAAGCUUCAUUUAUUCAGUUCAAAUUUAUUUAGAUUAAUAUACAAGCUAAGAAAAGAUUAUAUAUGCAAAUCCCCUUUACAGUCAAACAGCUUAUGCUUAAAAGAUAUUACUGUCAGACCUCACAAUAAGGAGUUAGUACUGCAUUUUUCUCAACAUAGUUAGUUCAUUAGCUACUGAAGAGUUAAGUAUUAGUGGGAAUUAUUUUGAAUAUUCUAGAUCCCAUAUUUUUCUACCAUUGCUCUUGCUUUAGAGAUAUAGGCAUUCAUGGCAUCCUCCUUUGAUAAACCUGCAAAGGAAAGUAGGAGUCAUUAUCUUUCCUCAUUUGUCAUCCUAUAAACUUGACUACAGGAUGUAAAUUUAAUUGGUGUAAUACCUUUUUUCAGGUUCCACGCCUCCCAUUUGGCUUUGCCUUUCAAAUCUAGCAUUCCUGGACAUUCUGCCAAAAUAAAUGCAUAGCUUUGGUUAUGCAGAUUUACAUAACAUUAGAUUGAUUUUAUCAAGAUAUGUGAGUAAAUGUGAAGUAUAUAUAGUAAUACCAAUAUUAAUAUCUCCAACAGUAGCCUGUUUGUAGAAUCCAUAUAGUUCCUUCAGUUCUUCAUCAGUCGGUCUUGUUUUUAAUUUUUUUACAUCUUCUGCAGCACCAUCAAAGUCAGCCUGAUGAAAGAACAGAAAUGAUUCUCCUCUCAAGGGGUGUUUUUAAAACAUGAGUUAUAAGACAGUAGUAUCAUUAGAUUUUCUCAGUGACUCACUUGAGUUUAGCAAUCAGACAAGGCUUUUCCCUAUGAAAGAAGCUUCAUAAAAGUGUGUCGCCCUGGUUAUCAAGAGUUUUCUAAAGCCUUCUGAGUUUACAUUCUUGUAGAGAACUUUCUCACACAACUUUCUGUAAAUAACCUAUUGUUUUGCAUUCUUUCAUAGAGGUGGAGAAAUUUGAUGUACAGGUAGUUUGUCCAGUGUCGUUGGAGAAGUGGCACGUUCACCCUCCAAUCCACUGGCAUCUUUUGAGAACUAUAAAAGAUUGGAGUCAGAAAAAAUAAAUUAGUCUCUUCAUCGUGA